ACGGUGGGAGAAGCCAGAGGAGAGAGGAAGGGACACAUAAUGAGAGAAGAAGCCCAUUCCAGCUGUGUUUCUAUAACAAACAGAGCCAUGAGAACUUCUUCACACUGAAAAAGGGAACCACGCCAAGGGAACAAACAUUUGCUCCUGACAUUUUUGGUCAGUAUUAGCUGUUUAUUUUUGAUCGAGUUUUUAUUCAAACAGAACUUGUCAUUGUCAGUUUGUCAUUUGAAGCGUUUUGAACAUGAGCACAGACAACUCGACUCUGCUGGACAGCUUGUUCUUUGCCCCUCUCUGCGAUGGCUGGAGCAACAACACAGAGGGGGCCAUCUACCAUUUGGGCAACACCUUCCUGUUCCUGGGCUACAUGGGAGGCAGCGGGGCCUACGGGUGCCUCUUCAUCUUUGGCUUCCUGACCCCGGCUUUUGUCUGCCUGACCCUGUGGGGCUGGCUGACCAUGUGCGGCCUGGACGUCUUCACAUGGAACCUGCUCCUGCUGCUAGUCUGCUUGGCUCAGAUCAGCCACCUUCUUUACCGGCUGCACCAGGAGGGCAUACGCAGUGAGGAGCUGACCAGCCUCUACCAGGCGGUCUACCUGCCGCUGGGCGUGCCCGUCCAGGUGUUCAAGGAGAUCACAGGCGCCUUUGAGAACAAGGUGGUGGAGCUGAAGGCAGGAGAGACGUACGCUGUGGAGGGCAAGACGCCCAUCGACCAGCUGUCCUUUCUGCUGUCUGGGAGGAUCAACGUGUCUCUGGAGGGCCAGUUCCUGCAUUAUAUCCACCGCCACCAGUUCCUCGACUCUCCUGAGUGGGAGUCUCUCAGGCCAAACGAGGAGGGAAAGUUCCAGGUGACCCUGACAGCAGAGGAAGACUCCCGCUACAUCUCAUGGCGUCGGCGGCGCCUCUAUCUGCUAAUAUCAAAGGAUCGCUACAUCGCCCGUGUCUUCUCCGUCAUGUUGGGCUACGACAUCGCCGAGAAGCUCUACAACCUCAACAACAAGCUCUACAUUAAGAGUGGCGUGCUGCUGGACAUCCGCCUUCCCAGCCUCUACCAUGUACUGGCCCCCUCCUCGCAGGGCAGCGAGGGCGGCAGCGGCAGUGACAGCGGCACCACCAAAGAGCAACAGCAGGGCGAAGACCCAGCGCCGGCCUACCAGAAGUCAGAUCCAGCCCAGUCUCAGCCCCACCUGCAAGGACCAAGGAGGACCACCCUGGAUGAACCCCAGGCCCCUCAGCAUGACCGCUAUCCGCACCCCUGGGCGUCAGACCCGGAGCUGCCCUCUGGUGAGGACUCCAUCAGCCUGGUUCUGGAGGACUUUGCUGAUGUGGCGGGCUCCUUAAUGGAUUAUGGCAGUGAGAGGGAUUAUUUGAGGUAGAGGGGAAGGGUGCUGGAGCUAACACACUGGGUCACCACUUAAGCUACAUGAGGUGACGGCGAGGAGAACCUACCGCCACGAUUCCAGAGGGGCAGAGCGCCGCUGGCUCCCACCGACACUCCCAAACUGUGAGGACAGUCUCUCCUGGAAACACUACAUUAUUUACAGUAAAGCGGUAUGAAUGUGUCACAUGUCACUUGUUACGACGUUGUCUCACCCUCGCUGUCUGCCCUGUUCUCACCUCAGUUUACAGAUACUGUAGCCAACAUUUAAUAAACUGUCUACAAUCAGUCAGGCUCUAACUGAAACCAUAAUUACACCAUCAUCUUAUGGUACUAGAACACUGAGGACAGAGGGACAGCCUUCACCUUGUUAUUACCAGCACAGUAAAUGUCUGAACAGUUACUCUAUGUUAUAAAAAUGGAUUCUGUGAUACUGAAACAGACGGAUUUGGUUUUCAUCUCACUUAUAUUUGAUGUUAUGAUUGUUUGAUUUGGACUCGACGUCACAUGGUUUAAUGUUAAAUUUAACUUUUGAUGCUUUCUGCUCACACAUCACUUAUACUCAGCAUUACAAAGACUAGUCUUUUAUCUCAGUAAGGGCACUACACAUUUUCUGGAUCUUCAUAAUUUUGACAAAUUUGAACAGCGAUCAAUUAAAAAGCAUCACAUCAUAUAAAUCAAUAAGAGCUACAACACCUUCUUCAAAUCAUAUUUAUUCAUAAUCCUUUCAAAUAUUUAGUUUUUUGCAUUUUCUUGAGAACUUUCCAGACCAGAUGAACAAUUUAGGUACAAAACCUGCAACUUGGCAGUGUAGAUUUUCUCCAUUUCACUCUCUUUUUUUUGUUGGGCAUGUUUAUUACUGUUAUUAUUGAUCUGAAUGCACCACGACUUGCUUCAGUGUAAGAAAUGUAUGCCGUCUAAGAGGUGAACUUGUACUGAUUUUCACAGCAUGACACCGAACUCAUCUGGAGGACAACCUCUUACUUCUUCUUUGGUGAUAUAUUGGAUGCCUGUAGACCAUGUUUUUUAAUUUUUUGUAACUAAUUCAGUAUUUAAUACACACAUGUAUACUGUGAAUUGCAAUGUCUGUUAUUGACUUCCAGAAUAGAGAAAUGGGACUAAAAUGAAAAAGUGUUUUUAAGAAGUAUUCUCAUGGGGCCAACAUUUCUCCAUAAAGCUCUUUGUUUGCAGUGAAAAUGUAGUUUGUUUUCUUUGACUGUCUAC